AUGGCGUCAAGUGAAGAUGAUCAUAGCGAUGGUGAGAGCAUCAAAAGUGAUAAAAGCACAAUAUUAUUAGAUAACAAUUAUAAAUGUUGUACCAAAAAAGUGUGCGCGAUCCAAAUUUGCAUAAAUUGCGAAGGUAUAUACCAUGGAUCUUGCGUUAAAAAGAAAAACAUCAAGGUGAUCAGUGGAAGAUAUAUCGAGUGUUGUGAUAAGAUCCUCGAAAAACGUAAAAAACUGAACAAGGAAGAAGUUUUGGAGCUCAAGAUCGAAUACCUGAGUAAGCUAUUAGCAGAAUCACAAGAUAAAAAUGAGAUAUUAAAAGAAAAUAACAUGAUAUUAAAAGAAAAUAAUAGGUUAUUAAAACAACAGAUAAGUAACAUGGAAAAAAAAAGUGACAUAAAGAAUGUAACGCAAUAUUCAAGUAUUGUGAAAAGUAGUUCCCAAAGAGAAAAUACUGCCUCAGAUAAAAUUAUUCCGAGAGUAGUAGUUCAAAUGACUGACAGACCAGGUAAUAAACAAAACAAUGAUAACCUCAAAAUACAUCAGCAAUACAAGAAAAUUCCGUCAACUCCAAAGUCCCCAGAAAUGAAUGAAAACAAUACUGAAACUACAAAUAUGUCACAAGAAUCUGAGUUCACUGAAGUGAAAAGAAGAAAACGUUAUGCAAAGAAGAGAUUAGGAACGGGAAGUGAUUCAGGAAAUGGUUUUUCAGGCCCGGAAAGAAAAGUUUGGCUGAAUAUCUAUAGAGUAAACAAUAAUGUAACAACUGAAAUGGUGGAAGGUCAUAUCAAGAAACAACCUGGUUUCGAAAAUACGAAAAUUACUGUAACAGAACUACAGACAAAACCAGGACAACUCAAAAAUUUUUGUGUUACAGCUCCACUUACAAAGAAGAAUGAAAUACCUGAGGGAAGUCAUGGUGGAUCCGCUUUAUAUUUUCACAAAAACAUCAAAGGCAAAACAAGAAAACAACUGCAAAAAUUUUCCAAGUGUGGAGAGUUUGAAUGUGCAGCUGGAGAGUGGACCACAAAAAAGAGACAAUUCAUAGUUCUGUCAAUAUAUAGACCUCCAAAUGGUAGCAUAAAAACUUUCCUGUCCGCAAUAGAAAAAGUUUUGGAGAAAAUUCAUCAAGAAAAUAAGGAGAUAAUAAUAGCAGGUGAUUUCAAUAUUGAAUUAUUAAGACCAAAUAAAGAUGCAUCUGAGUUACUUAAUCUGAUGGAAUCUUUCAAUCUCAAUCCAGUCAUUAACCAGGAUACAAGAGUUACUGAUAGGUCAAGUUCAUCCAUUGACAAUAUUUUCACAAAUAUUUCUGAUUGGGAAAGUUCUGUUUUCAACAUUCAUGUAUCAGAUCAUAAAGCGCAAAAACUCAGUUUCUUAAUAGAAAUAGAGAAAAAUAAUAAUCUUAGGUUCUGUCGAUUUUAUGGUCUACAAGAAAAAAAGACAUUUCUGGAGGAAUUAUUUAGUCAGAGCUGGGAGCUUGUAAGAGAAGCAGACACACAAAAUGUUGAUGAGCAAUGGAAUAUUUUUAUGUCGGACUUUACGAAUAUAUUCAAUAAAAACUUCCCAAAAAAACUGUCAAUGAACAAAAAGCAUUUGAGCAAGUAUAGAUCACCUGAAAUUGAAGAAAUAAAAAAGAGACUAGAUAUUCUUUUGAUUAUGAGUAACGCUAGUAAACAACAUAUGGAUCUGUACAGAAAUACAAAGAAAGAAUAUGACCACGCACUGAAAAAACAGAGAACAAAAUCUUAUGAGGAACGGGUGAUUAGAUCUGACAAUAAAAGCAAGACUAUGUGGCAAAUCUGCAAGGAAAUAUCAGGUACAAUAAAAGAUCAAGAGAAUUAUCAGCUAGAAGGAACCCCAGAAGAAAUUGCGGAAAAUUUAAAUAUACACUUCAACAAUACAGUAACUGAUAUAUUGAAAAACUUACCCACAAUAGCUAUAAAUUAUUCCCACAUGAAGUAUAUCGAUAAAUCUUUUUAUUUGAAACCUACCACUCCUACAGAAGUUGAAAAUUUAGGUAAAUCGAUUAAAAACAAAUUCAGUAGUGGUGAUGAUGAUAUCCCGAUUAUGAUAGUCAAACUAGCAUUGCCAGCAGUUAGCAAAAUAAUAUCAUAUAUAAUAAACAACUCAUUCAAAUAUGGUAUUUUUCCUGAGAGUCUAAAGAUUGCAUUAAUAAAACCCAUCUUCAAAGAAGGUCAUCCAGAAAUUUUAAGCAACUACAGGCCCAUUAGUCUACUACCAGCUUUCUCUAGAGUUUUUGAAAUGCUGGUUUCUGCAAGAAUCAUAAAUUUUUUCAAUGAAGAAGAACUAUUCAAUCACACUCAACACGGAUAUCUACAUGGACGAUCGACACAAACUGCCAUCUUUCAGUUUGUACAGUACAUCUUGGAAUUACUCGAAGACAAAAAAAUGGCAUUGGGAAUAUUCUUGGACAUUUCCAAGGCCUAUGAUUCAUUGAAUAUGGAAUAUUUGCUUAAAAAACUGGAAUUUUAUGGUGUACGAGGAAAUGCAAAUGAUUGGCUGAAAUCCUACAUGUCUUAUAGAAAACAAAGAGUUACCGUCACAAAAGACAAUAUUACUAGCAAAUCGAAAAUACUAACAAGAUCAAUAGGAAUAGAUCAAGGAAGCGUCAUUGGAACAUUACUUUUCAUAAUUUACCUGAAUGACUUGGGGAAUAUAAUUCAAAAUAGUGAAGGAAAUAUUGUCAAUUUCGUCGACGACACAAAUUUACUUACUGGUGCAGAAGAUUUUGAAGAGCUGACAAGAAGAGCAAGUCACAUUUUUUUCGAAGGGAUUCUUAGAUCAACAGAUAAACAGGCCGGCAGGCAAGCAGACAUACAAAAAGACAAAAACAAACAUACGGACAAACAUACAGGCAGACGAGUAGAUAGAUGGAUUGACGGACAUGCAGCAAAUAAGACGGGUUAA